AUGUCAGAAGAGAAGCAAAAGUCUAAUACUUCUAGAGCAAUUGGAAUUGAUUUAGGGACAACGUUCUCCUGUGUUGCUGGAUACAUAAGCGGGAAGGUGGAGGUUAUUACAAAUGCUGAUGGGGAAAGAACAACGCCAUCUGUGGUAAGCUUUGAUGAGAACAACUGCACUGUCGUUGGUACGGCAGCAAGGAACAUGGUUGGGAUAGACCCCACGUCUGUAUUGUUUGAUGCAAAGAGGUUGAUUGGAAGAGAGUUCGAUGAUCCAAAGAUCCAGAAUGCUAUAAGUGCAUGGCCGUUCAAGGUUGUGAGAUACAAUCACCGGGAGAAGAGGGAGGAGCCCAACAAAGUUCCUGAGGGAUCCAACUCCUAUGACAACAUAGCAUUCAAAGUAACGAAGAAUGGAAAGACCAGCUACUAUGCGCCUGUUGAGAUCAGUGGAAAGGUGCUGUUGUAUCUUAAGAAUGCAGCAGAGGCAAGGCUUGGAGGGACUGUUGACUCUGCAGUUGUGACUGUUCCUGCAUACUUCGAGGAGCCUCAAAAGGAUGUGACCAAAGCAGCGGCAACGAUUGCUGGAUUUGACCCCAACAAGGUCCGACUUCUUGCAGAGCCUACUGCAGCGGCAAUGGCAUAUGGGCAUAUCCAAACACAGAAGAACGCCAACUUCUCUGCAAAGGAGGAUGUUCUCGUGUUUGAUCUUGGAGGAGGUACAUUUGAUGUAUCUGUACUUGACUUUGAGUUCAAUGGAGCAGCAGGGUCUCUUGGGAUUGUCAAGGCGAUUGACGGAGACACAUUCCUUGGAGGACAAGACUUUGACAACUUCUUGAUCAACCACUGUAUCUCUGAGUUCCUCAAGAAGAACCCUUCGAUUAAGAAGAGUGACUUGAAGGAGAGCGCACUUCUCAGGCUUAGGGCUGAGUGUACAAGAGUCAAGGCAGUUCUUAGCUCUGCAACAAGCAGCGCCAUCUAUGUUCCAUGCUUCCACAUGACCGAUGAUCUGAAUGUUCAGAUAACCCGUGCAAGGUUCGAGCUUCUCUGUGAUCACCUUUUCAAGAAGUGUAUGGAAAGAACCAAAGGAUGCCUGUUGCGCUCUGCAGGUGUUCCUGAGGUUGAAUACUCUGCAGAUGGAAGCAGACUCCUUCUGAAUCCUUCUCUCGAGAAGACAUUGAAUGAGGUCAGGAACUCCAUCAGCAAGGUUCUUCUUGUUGGAGGAUCAUCGAGGAUUCCAAAGGUUAAGGCAAUGCUUGCAGAGUACUUUGGUGCACACAAGGUUGUCGAGCCUGUGAAUGCCGACGAGGCUGUUGCAUACGGAGCAGCAUACCAAGCAGCAUCUAUAUACUCUGAUGCUGUGGAUGCAGGGUCAAGUCUUCUACUUAUUGACUGUGUUCCACUGAACCUCUCAAUUGAGACUGCCGGGGGAGUUGCAACCCCUUUGGUAAACUGUGGUGACAACAUUCCCAUCAAGAAGACUGAGACAUUCACUACCUACGAGGAUAACCAGACGGCAGUGACUAUCAAUGUGUAUGAGGGAAACAGGCCAAUGUGCAAGGACAACAAGAAGAUAGGUAGCUUCAAUUUAGACGGAAUUAUUGCAGCACCUCGUGGGGUUCCAAAGAUCGAGGUUACAUUUGACGUCGAUCACAAUGGGAUUCUUAUAGUUACUGCACUAGACAAGCAGACUGGAAAGGAGAACAAGAUAACUGUGACGAACUCGCAGAACAGACUCAGCCAGGAGGAGAUUGAGAGGAUGGCUAAAGAGGCAAGAGACAAUGAACAGAGGGAUAAUGAAACAAAGGAAAAGAUGACCAAGAGGAUGUCCUUUGACCAAGCCAUCUUCUCUUUCAAGAGUCUCCUUGAGAAGGCAAACAUUCCCCAGGAGAAGAAAGACGAGUCUCUAAAGAUCAUCAAGGAGAACGAGGAAUGGCUUGCAAGGGCACAAGGGCCAGAUGACUUUGAAACUGAAGAGCUUGAAAGGAGGUCUAACGAGCUCCAGAGCUUCAUGAACGACAUCAUGAAGGAGUCUGGGAUGGGUGGAGCGCCAGCAGCCUAA